AUGUUGAGCUUAAGAGAGAAAACAGGGGGAUUUGAAGCAUAUCUGUUGUGCGUUAGCAUAACUGAUAAUGAUCUUGAGAAUUUUGUGUCCGGGGAAUCCGCAGUUGGAGACGAUAUGUUUCAACUUGAAUUUAAUGAUUAUAUGUAUGCUAUGGACGUAGUUGAUUCAAAUGAUUUGGAUGCAUCGGAUUGUGCUAAGGCUGUUGUUUUAUUUGAAAACAACGAUGACUUGAUAAUUUCGAACAAGGAACAUAAGGAUAUUUUUGUUGAUCAAAUCUACAAAGCUAAGGACACUCUGAAGAAUGUUAUGGCGAAUUAUGCAAUUCGCAAAAGAUUCAAUUUCAGGACAGAGAGGUCGAAUGCCAUAAGUUACACUCUGGUAUGCUGUUCAACUGAUUGUCAUUGGAAAUUCAGAGCUUCAACUAUUGCGAACUCUGAAAUGUUCAUAGUGAGAUCUUUUCAUGACGAACAUACGUGUCCAUUGAAGGACAAAGUGUAUUCCCAAAGGCAAGCAACAAGUUGGUUGAUUGAGGCGUCAGUUGUUAAGCCAAAAAUAGCAAAUCACAAGAGGAAAUAUACACCUGGUGAUAUAGUAGACGACGUAAAAAAUGAGUAUGGCGUUGAUGUUUCUUAUAUGACGGCCUGGAGGGCUAGAGAAAAGGCAAUGAAUGAAUUAAGAGGGGAACCAACAGAAUCAUACAAGAAGUUACCGGGAUAUAUGUACAUAUUGGAUAAAACAUACCCUGGAUCACAUGUGAGAAUGCACAAAUCACAACAAAACGAAUUCUUGUAUUUGUUUAUAACACUUAAAGCGUUCAUAAAAGGCUUCGAGUGUUGUAGACCAAUAGUUGUAGUACAUGGUUCCCACCUUAAAACUACAUAUAACGGUACUUUUGUAUCAGCCAACACGUUGGAUGGUGCAGGUAAUAUUCUACCAUUGGCAUAUGGUAUGAUAGAUUCAGAGAACGAUAAGUCUUGGACCUGGUUCUUUGAGCAGUUCAAACAAGCUUAUGGGAAUAGGGAUAACAUGUGUGUUGUAUCAGACAGACAUGAGAGCAUCAUUAAGGCGGUGAGUAGAGUGUAUCCAACUGUGCCACAUUUGGCGUGCAUAUGGCAUUUAUGGAAAAAUGUGACCACGAAAUACAAGUCGAAUGGUGAAGUAUUGAGUCCUGUAUUCUAUGCACUUGCAAAAGCAUACACACAGGCUGAGUUUGAUAAGCUGAUGGAGAAGAUUGAGAAGGUUGAUUUUCGAGUAAAAGAGUACUUGGAGGAUGCUGGAAGGGAAAAGUGGGCUCGACUGUAUUCACCCGUUAACAGAGGAUGGACAAUGACCUCAAAUAUAGACGAAUGUAUUAAUGGAAAAUUGGUAGCAGCAAGAGAGUUGCCUGUUUUCGAUUUUCUUGAAGAAGUGAGGAAGAUGUUUGGGAUAUGGAAUUGCACUAAUAGGAGGAACGGUACAUACACAUUCAAACCAAAGAUAGUGAUUAAGACGUAUGAUGUGCCGGUGGAUCCUCUGCCUGACGAGAGUGAGUGGAAUAUUCCCAAACACAUAUGCGAUGAAGUUGUUUUGCCACCAAGAUACAAGAGACCCCCGGGAAGGCCAAAGAAAAAGCGAGAUAAACCAUUAAUGGAGACGAUGAUUGGUAAACGUAGGAAUGCUUGUAGUACUUGUGGACGUCUUGGUCACAAUAGACGUUCUUGUUCUAAUGAGCCACGUAAGAAGUAG